AUAAAGUGCACGCUUAGCAAAAAUGAGGUUAAGUUAUUUAUUAAUAUUAAGUGGUUGCGUAUUAGUUAGUUCAUAUAAGAGUUAUGAAAACUAUAAAGUGUAUAAUAUAGUUCCAACAACCGAUUCACAUGUUCAGAUUUUAAGCGAUUUAAGGAAAGAUGGAUAUGAAUAUUGGACUGAUGCCAUUGCUAUUGGUAGUACAGUCAGGAUUAUGGUACCACCGAAUAAGGACGACGAUUUCCUAGGAUACUGCAAGAUAAUCGGACUGAAUCCAGCAGUCAGCAUAAGUAAUGUACAGAAAUUAAUCGACGACCAGUUAAAACCUCACGGUCAAAUCGAUCGAAGCAAUAGCCUCGGGUCUCUUAGCUGGACCAGAUACCACACACUACAAGAAAUUCAUACCUGGCUCGAUGAACUUGCAGAGAGUUACCCCAAUAUUGUUACGCCAGCUACGAUAGGAUUUUCAACAGAAAGACGCGAGAUCAAAGGUAUUAUAAUAGACUUUAAACCUGGCCAAAGAGGGAACAAACCACUUAUUGGGAUGAUAGAAGGAGGUAUACAUUCACGAGAAUGGAUUUCACCUGCCACGGUUACUUGGAUUAUUAAAGAAUUCUUGACUAGCACUAACACUGAAGUGAAGAAUUUAGCAGAAGCGUUUGUUUGGCAUAUAUUUCCGGUUGUUAACCCAGAUGGAUAUGUUUAUACUUUUUCGGAUGAUCGCAUGUGGAGAAAGAACCGAAAUCCUGUCAAUUACGUGAAUUGUACGAAUGUUGCCAAUGACUUGAGCAAUGGCAUCGACCUCAACCGGAAUUUUAAUUUCCUUUGGAUGACAACCGGUGCUUCUUCCGAUCCAUGCAUGCAGACGUUUGCCGGGCCAUCAGCGGGAUCUGAAUCUGAGACACAAGCGAUAUCCAACUACGUUCUGACGUUAAAACAAACCGGAAACUUUAUCUACUACUUCGCUUUCCAUUCCUACUCUCAGAUGAUCCUUGUUCCGUACAGUCACGCUUCUGGUAGCCAGGUCCUUGAAGCGGAGAAUUACGCGGAUAUGUUUGAAAUCGCUAUCCGUGGAUCUGACAAACUCACUGAAAGGUACGGUACACGCUAUACCGUUGGAACAUCAGCUGAUAUUUUAUAUGAAGUCAGUGGUUCAAGUUUCGAUUGGGUUAAAGGCGUUGCUAAGAUACCAAUAGUGUAUCUGUUUGAAUUACGAGAUGUCGGUGAAUACGGAUUCCUGUUGCCCGCUGAGCAAAUCAUUCCUAACAAUGAGGAAAUUGUCGACUGCCUUCUCGAAAUGGAUAGAACAACACGACGAAUUGGAUACUAUUCCAGUGCUGGAUCUAUGACUAGUUCUAUAAUUAUAGUAUUGAUCAGCACUGCGAUAUUUAUUUUGAAAUAA